UUUCUCAACAGAAGAACUCAUUCAGCUUUUAAAACACACCUGAGCAAUGGCAGCGGAACUUUUCGACGUGAGGGCAGUUCUUGCGGAUAGCUUGUCCCUGCCAGCAAUGGAAAAUAUUCUGGACGAUCUUUUGACCAGCAAAGUCCUGAGCGACACGGAACGUGAAGCCCUUCUUGAGGGGAACCCAACCAGAAAAAACAAGGCUCGUUAUCUGAUUGACAUGGUGAGGGGCAAAAGUGAUGAUGCAAGCUGGAAGAUGAUAGGUUACCUUAAAAAACAUGACCCGGAGCUUUUUAAGAAAUUGGGCCUCCCCACUCAGUCAUUUAAAGGGGCAGCUGGGGGGCAAAAUUCCAGGACUUGGAAAAAGAACGAUGAAAAGGUGUUGCAGAGAACAGGCCUGUGACGGGAGAAUAAUGCCAAAUUGAACACGCACCUAACUGGACAACUUAUACUGUAGAGCAGUGUUUUUCAACCUGUUUUGAGCCAAGGCACAUUUUUUUCAUUGAAAAUAUCCAGAGGCACACCACCAGCAGAAAUCAUUAAAAAA